AGCUUUCAGCCCAGUCCUGCCACAUCAGAGCGAGCGACCCACUGAGUUCAAAUCACGCCAGCACUGCCCUUGAGUCCUGCCAGCGAGUAGCCGAGCGGCGCUUCUUUUUCAGCCGGAGGUCCUGCUGGGAGUCCACCACUUUUUUCUGCCCAAGCCGACACAACAACUGGUUCCAAGAUGCCCAAAAUGGUCAACGUUCGCGUCACCUCCAUGGACGCAGAAUUGGAGUUUUCCUUCCACUCAAACACCACCGGGGGGCAACUCUAUGAGCAGGUUGCCAGAACCAUCGGCCUGAGGGAAAUGUGGUUCUUCGGGCUGCAGUUUAUCGACAACAGAGGAUUCGCUACGUGGCUCAACUAUGAGAGGAGGGUGAUGACUCAGAACGUGAAGAAGGAGCUUCCGCUGCAGUUCAAGCUGAGGGUGAAGUUUUACCCGGAGGACGUAGCCGACGAGCUGAUCCAGGACAUCAGCAGGAGGCUCUUCUUCCUGCAGGUGAAGGAUCACAUCCUGUCCGACCACGUCUACUGUCCCCCGGAGACGGCCGUCCUGCUGGCUUCAUACGCCGUCCAGGCCAAGUACGGAGACUACGACAGAGACAUCCAUCAUCACGGUUACCUGGCGUCUGAGCGUCUGCUGCCCAAAAGAGUUCAGCAACAACACAAACUGACCCAGGACCAGUGGGAGGAAAGAAUCCAGAUCUGGCACGAGGAGCACAGAUCGCUGUUGAAGGAGGAGGCCAUGAUCGAGUACCUGAAGAUCGCUCAGGACCUGGAGAUGUACGGCAUCAGCUACUUUGAGAUCAAGAACAAGAAGGGAACCGACCUGUGGCUGGGAAUCGACUCUCAGGGAGUCAACAUCUUCGAGAAGGACAACAAGCUGUCUCCAAAGAUUGGGUUUCCCUGGAAUGAAAUUAAGAACGUUUCUUACGAUAACAAGAGAUUCGUCCUCAAGCCGUUGGACAAGAAUGCUCCUAAUUUCGUAUUUUACUCCCCCGACCGAGUCAACAAGCAGAUAGUGGUGCUGUGCAAGGGCAACAGCAACAUGUACGUCCGCCGCCGCAAAGCCGACACCAUCGAGGUCCAGCAGAUGAAGGCUCAGGCUGCACAGGAGAGGCUGCAGAAGAAGAUGGAGAGGGAUCAGCUGGUGAGUGAGAUGAAGAGGAGGGAGACCAUCCAGAGGGAGAAGGACCUGAUGGAGAGGGAAAAGACGGAGCUGAUGGAGAAGCUCUACCGGUUCGAGGAGACGACCAAGAGAGCAGAGAGAGAGCUCCAGGAGCAGCUGGACCGGGCCAUGAGGCUGGAGGAGGAGAGGAGGAGGGUGGAGCAGGAGGCGGCCCGGCUGGAGACUGAGAGGAUGGAGGCCAUUAUAGCCAAGGAGGAGCUGGCCAGGCAGGCUGAGGACCAGAUGAAGAGCCAGGAGCAGCUGGCUGCAGAAUUGGCCGAGUACAGCGCCAAGAUCCUCCUGCUGGAGGAGGCCAAGAGGCUGAAGGAGGAGGAGGCUGAGACGUGGCACACCAAGGCUGUGGAGGUGGAGGAGAGUCUGGUGAGGACGAAGGAGGAGCUCCACGUCGUGAUGACCUCCUCCUCCGUCACCACCACCAUCUCGGUUCCAGCUCCUGAACCGAGAACCGGUUCCCGCUCCAGUUCCUCCUCGUCCUCGGACAGCGAGAGCGAGCACGAGCACAGCGACCACAACAGCGACCACAACAGCGUCCACAGCACCGAGCUGCAGUCCCAGUUCCUCAACGACCACCGCGAGGAGGAGGAGCGGCGGACCGAGGCCGAGAAGAACGAGCGCCUGAAGAGGCAGCUGAUGGCCCUGAGCUCAGACCUGGCAGAAGCCCGAGACUACGAGAAGAAGACCACCUUAGAUAUUAUCCAUGCCGAGAACGUCCGAGCCGGUCGGGACAAGUACAAGACCCUCCGUCAGAUCCGCAUGGGCAACACCAAGCAGAGGGUCGACGAGUUCGAGGCCUUGUAGGAGACCUGAAGAUGGCCCCCGAAGACCUCGCCAAGGCCCCGUUCAGCGUGUUUUAACUGAAGGGUGAUGUAAUUACUAUCGCAGGUGACGUUAGAGACCCAGAAAAGCUUGAGGCUGAUCUGUGUAAAAGCAUUAAGUUCUAUUUUACUGGUUGAAGGACUUUAAAAGUGCCCAUUAAAGUGUGUUUAUCAGUCUGUAUGAACAAAGCUGGGAUUAAGUACACUCCAGAAAUGAUUUAUGUUGUUGCAAUUUGGCUUUGCAGCUUUAUUAUUGUGCCACACUGAAGCGCAAAAACUUUAUUUAAUAAAUUCGCCGUGUUGCAAACAUCUCUUGACGGUCUUCAUCCGUCUUCCUCUUCCCAAAUUGUGCUCCUAAAAAUGGAUUAUAAAGUCUUCAUACAUACUGAAUGUGUCCAGAUGAUUGACUUAAAAUGAUUAAUUGAUUACAAGAUUGAUUUUCAGUUGAUUAUCUAUUAGUUCUUUUACCUUUUACUGACUUAUACUUGUGUUUUCAGUAUGUCUAAAUAAGAAUGCAGCUUGUUUCGCUAGCUUUAAUGUGCUUAGAACUGGACAUAAUGUUCAAAAUCAACUUGUUUUGGGAUUUUAUUGUAUGAAUGCAGGCAGGUUUCAGACUAUGUAACAAGUCAUAUCCAGAUAAUCUGAGACCAAUCAGAUAAAAAUCUCAUUAUGUAACUGAAGGUUUCUGUUCUGAUUUGUCUCGUUGCUAAAUACAUAAAUGCUCGGUAGUAAACUCAGUUGCGUUCAUAAAAUCUGUGGAUUGUCACUUUAAGUUAAACAUUACUGACCUUCACCUGGUGCAGCUUCAUAUUCAGACAAAAGAACAAUUAAAGCCACUCUCUGAGUACGAUA